AUGAUUUCUCUGAGCCGGCUGGGAAAUUGCGUUUCUUUUGCACGAACAAAUUAUUCACAUUUCCGCCUUUUGAGUUCUUUGGCAAGUAUGGAGAAACACGGUGUUGUUCCCGACGUGAUCCCUGCCGCCCCAAAGGCAGUGCUGAAGGUGUCAUAUCCCAGUGGAGUCGUGGUCAAUGAGGGCAAUGAAUUGACCCCAACUCAAGUGAAAGAUGUCCCGACGGUGUCCUGGACAGCUGAUUCCGGAGCCUUGUACACCCUCUGCAUGACUGAUCCUGAUGCUCCAUCGAGGAAGGAACCGACUUACCGUGAGUGGCAUCAUUGGCUUGUGGGAAAUAUCCCUGGAAAUGAUGUUGCCAAGGGCGAGACUCUUUCGGCUUAUGUGGGCUCUGGACCACCAGAGGGAACCGGAUUGCACCGUUAUGUCUUUUUGCUGUACAAGCAAAACGGUCAGCUGACCUUCACGGAACCCCGACUCACCAACACGAGUGCUGAUAACAGGGGCUGCUUCUCCAUUCAGAAGUUCGCUGAGAAAUACAAGCUGGAACUUGUGGCGGGAAACCUCUACCAAGCCCAGUGGGAUGAUUAUGUGCCUCUGCUCUACAAGCAAUUGGGCGCCUAAGCCCCCCAUUCCCAUUCAAAAAAGUUGCAUUGAUUUGAAAACACUGUAUUUAGAGUUCUGGAAAUAAAAUGGAUACAAUCCUAA